CCGGAAGACCUUUCCGCCACACUCCCGAGCGAGCGAGAGGGGGGCCGAUGGCGGAGGGAUCGGCGGAAACUCCAGCAGAGGGUGGUGGCGGCGGCGACUCAGGAGGCGGUGGCGACUCAGGAGGCGGCGCGCCGGAGCGGGGAGUAGCGCCCAUUAAACCUCAGUACCUCACCACGAAAGAGCAGUUCCACGAAUUCCUGGAAGCCAGAGGGCAGGAGAAGCCUUCCCGGGAAACCGAGGCAGGAGACCCUGAUGGCAAUGACCUGGCUGAGCCAGAGGCUAAGCGAAUCCGGCUGGAGGAUGGGCAGACGGAAGAGGCAGCUGAGCCACAGGCUCAGAAGAGGGCCCGGGGCCAGAACAAGAGCCGGCCCCACGUAAAACCCAACCACUACGAUGACAAUCGGCUCUGCCCCUCCUUGGUCCAGGAAUCUGCUGCUAAGUGUCUCUUUGGCGACCACUGCCGCUUCCUGCACGACGUGGGCCGCUACCUGGAGACCAAGCCGGCUGACCUGGGCCCCAGCUGCGUGCUGUUCGAGACCUUUGGCAGGUGCCCCUACAGUGUGACCUGCCGCUUUGCUGGGGCCCACCUGGGGCCCGAGGGCCAGAACCUGGUGCGGGAAGAGCUGGUGCAGCGGGCCCAGCCCCUGCCUGUCCGCAACGGCCUGGAUAAGACCCUGCAGCAGCAGCUGCGCAAGCGCCAGGUCCGCUUUGAGCGUGCUGAGCAGGCCCUGCACCAGCUGAGCAAGGGCCACCCGUCAGUCCCCAGCUCUGCCACCUCUGCUGCUAAGGUCCCCGGGGCCAAGGGUGCCCCAGGGCCGGGCAACUGUGACUCCCAGCAGGUCCCGGGGCUGGGCCCUGGCACCCCUCCCAGCAGCCCCCUGCGGACGUGCGGGGCCCUGACGGAUGAGGACGUAGUCAGGCUGCGGCCCUGCGAGAAGAAGCGGCUGGACAUCAGUGGCAAGCUGUACCUGGCCCCCCUCACCACGUGUGGGAACCUGCCCUUCCGGCGGAUCUGCAAGCGCUUCGGAGCAGACGUGACAUGUGGGGAGAUGGCCGUGUGCACCAACCUCCUGCAGGGUCAGACUUCCGAGUGGGCCCUGCUCAAACGCCACCCAAGCGAGGACCUCUUCGGCGUCCAGCUCGAGGGUGCCUUCCCCGACGCCAUGACCCGGUGCGCCGAGCUGCUGAGCCGCACCAUCGAGGUGGACUUCGUGGACAUCAACGUCGGCUGCCCCAUUGACCUCAUUUACAAGAAGGGUGGGGGCUGCGCCCUCAUGAAUCGCUGCAGCAAGUUCCGGCAGAUUGUGUGCGGCAUGAACCAGGUGCUGGACGUGCCGCUGACUGUGAAGAUCCGGACGGGCGUCCAGGAGCGGACGAACCUGGCCCAUCGCCUGCUGCCCGAGCUGCGGGACUGGGGCGUUGCCCUCGCCACGCUCCAUGGCCGCUCGCGGGAGCAGCGCUACACCAGGCUGGCCGACUGGCAGUACAUUGAGCAGUGCGUGCAGGCUGCCAGCCCCAUGCCCCUGUUUGGAAACGGGGACAUCCUGUCGUACGAGGACGCCAACCGGGCCAUGCAGACGGGCAUUGCUGGCGUCAUGAUUGCCCGUGGCGCCCUGCUCAAGCCCUGGCUCUUCACGGAGAUCAAGGAGCAGCGGCACUGGGACAUCUCGGCAUCCGAGCGCCUGGACAUCCUGCGGGACUUCACGCACUACGGCCUGGAGCACUGGGGCUCGGACACGCAGGGCGUGGAGAAGACACGGCGCUUCCUGCUCGAGUGGCUGUCCUUCCUGUGCCGGUACGUGCCCGUGGGCCUCCUGGAGCGGCUCCCGCAGAGGCUCAACGAGCGUCCACCCUACUACCUGGGCCGUGACUACCUGGAGACGCUCAUGGCCAGCCAGAACGCGGCCGACUGGAUCCGUAUCAGUGAGAUGCUUCUGGGACCCGUGCCACCCAACUUCGUCUUCCUGCCGAAGCACAAGGCCAAUUCAUACAAGUAGCCGUGGGCGCGAUGGGCAGGAAGGGACAUCCGGACGCCAUGGGGGCCCCCUGGUGUGCGGGGAAGACAAUAAAUUUUAUUGUUUUCAAACCUCCGCAGUCCCGAGGGUUUUUCUAUACAUCCCAGCCUGUCUCUGUCCCC